AUGAGACUCACAUUGGUGCUUCACUUCACACUUUUUGCUGCAGCUGUCAUCGGUAACGACACCAACGGGUCUCACAAGCUGAUCAUCGGCUUCCAGGCCCCGUGGAAUAUGUCCCUCCCCUUCAGCGCCCCGCGGCUGGGCUCGGCCAUACUGAUCGCCAUGGAGAAGGUGAACACCAACCCCUCCUUCCUGGGGAACUACAGUCUGGAUUUUGUUUACACCGACACCGACUGUAACCCCAAAGUUUCCCUGGGACAAUUCAUUCACCAGGUGUGGAAGGAAAAUGUGUCGGCACUAUUUGGUCCGGCGUGUCCUGAAGAAGCCGAGGUCACCGGUCUCAUUGCGUCCACGUGGAACAUCCCCAUGUUCGGCUUUGUGGGACAAUCCUCCAAAACGGAAAACAGGGAAAUCUACGACUCUUACAUCAAAGUCAUGCCCCCUCUCAAAAGAAGCUCGGAGGUCCUGGUGAAGACCCUGGAGUUCUUCGGGUGGACCCACGUGGCGAUGAUCGGAGGGGGACUGGAUUCAAACACUUGGGACAAAGUCGACGCUUUGUGGAAAACCAUUGAGAAUCCGCUGAGAGACAAAUUCAAACUGGCUGCCGCGGUGAAGUUUGAUACCAGCAACCCUCAGCUGGUUUACCGAAACGUGAAGCUCAUCUCAACAGUCGCCAGAGUGAUUGUGGUCCUGACGAACACAAAUGACUCCAUGGCUCUGCUGCUGGAGGCUGAGCGACAGGGGCUGAUGAACGGGGACUACGUGUUUUUCUUGGUGCAGCAUUUUGAGGAUAACUUGUGGAAGUAUGCCCUGAACAGCAGGAUUAACAAAGCUGCCAUAAGAGCUUUCGACAUGACCUUCAUCAUCGGCCAGAAGUCCUACAAAGGCUACGAGUAUUACGACUUCUUUGAGCGGGUGUUUGAAAGACUGAAAGGACACCCGUUUCAUAGCAACCUGACAUCUGAAGCAGAGGUGAGCCCGUACUCUGCUUACCUGCACGAUGCGGUGCUUCUUUAUGCGAUGGCACUGAAGGAAGUCCUCAAAGAAGGCAAAGACCCUCACGAUGGAUGGCAUCUACUACAGAGAUUAAAAAAUAGAAACAACAUCAGAUUUUAUGGUGCCUCCGGACUGGUCCACUUUGACAAAGAUGGGGAGAGAAACUUGGACUAUUCCAUUUAUGACCUGCAGCAUGCAGGACACAUCACAAAGUUUGAGCCCAUCCUCAAUUUUGACAGUCACACCAACUCUAUCCGACCAACGUCUAUGUUUGCCUCCGUGGUCUGGCCGAGAGGACGACCUCCGUCCGAUAAACCAGAAUGUGGUUACAACAAUGAACUCUGUGAAUGGCUCGUUAACGACGUCGCCCUGCUGGCUCUGCUCGUGACCUUCCCCGUCAUCGGCGUGCUGGCAGUUUUGUGCAUCGGCGCCCUCAUCCUGCAGAAGUUCCGACUCCAGAUGAGGCUCGAUGACUCCAGCUGGUGGCUGAUCAGCUACAGCGACAUCACCAUCAUCAGGGAGCAUUCAGGAGUUCAGGGUUCGUCUCUGAGCACCACGGCCAGUCAGAGUCGGAGCAGCGGCUCGCAGUCGAACUUCUCCAACGCCAGCUACGGCCUGAAGGACAAGGCGGGAAAAGAACACGUCUACACCAGCAUAGGCCUCUACCAGGGAAAUAAAGUGGCCAUCAAGUACCUCAAGAACCACGAUGGCAUUAAUUUCCAGAAACCUUCAAUAAUUGCAGAGUUCCACGUGAUGAAAGAGAUGAAACAUGAGAACUUGGUUCAGUUCUUUGGUGUUUGCAUCGAGCCACCGAACGUCUGUCUGGUGAUCCAGUACUGCACCAAGGGCAGCCUGAAGGAUGUUCUGAAGUCAGAUGACGACCUGGACUGGAUGUUUAAGCUCUCCUUUGCUUAUGAUAUAGUUAAUGGAAUGGAGUUUAUCCACAAAAGCAACCUGAGAUUUCACGGGACCCUGAAGCCCAGCACGUGCCUGGUGGACAGUCGGCUCCAGAUUAAAAUCUCUGGCUUUGGCCUUUGGGAGUGUAGAUACGGGAGCAAAAACAAGAUGGUCCCUCUGGAAAACCCAAAUCCUAGAGAGAUGUACUGGACAGCCCCGGAGCUCCUGAGACAAGUCGGUCUCCAGGUCUACGGGACGCCCAAAGCGGAUGUCUACAGCUUUGCCAUCAUCAUGUGGGAACUCAUGUACAACUCAAAGUCUGGCCCGUAUCAUGAGAUCAACCUGGGGCCCAAAGAGAUUAUCAUGCAGUUGCAGACGCCUUUCCAAGGGGAGCCGCUCCGACCAGCGCUGUCGAAUGAGCUCUGUGAUGAAAACAUCAACUCACUGCUGAAGGCCUGCUGGAGUGAAAACCCAGACCACCGACCACCGUUUGCUUCCAUACGGAGGCAGCUGAGGGACACCAGCCCGGACAGUCAUGCAAAUAUACUGGAUAAUAUGGUGGCAAAGCUGGAGAAAUAUGCAAAUCACUUGGAGGAGGUGGUGGAGGAGAGGACCAAUCAGCUCACAGCAGAGAAGACCCGUGCAGACAAGCUUCUCUCCAGCAUGUUGCCAAGGUACAUCGCAGAUCAGCUGAUGGCGGGGGCGUCCGUGGCGCCUCAGAGCUACGACGCGGUGACCAUCUUCUUCUCGGACAUCGUGGGCUUCACGUCCAUGUGCUCCGUCAGCUCGGCGAUGGAGGUGGUGACCUUCCUCAACGAACUCUACAGCCUCUUCGACGACGUCAUCAAGAUGUACGAUGUAUACAAAGUGGAAACCAUCGGUGAUGCAUACAUGGUAGCCAGUGGUCUACCAAUCAGCAACGGCCUUCAGCACGCUCUGGAGAUAUCUACAAUGGCUCUGCAUUUCCUGAAGGCCAUCAAGGUCUUCAGAAUCCCCCACAUGCCUACGGAGAGUCUUGCAAUCCGCAUCGGGAUACACUCUGGUCCGGUGGUUGCUGGAGUGGUUGGCACCACGAUGCCUCGCUACUGUCUCUUUGGAGACACGGUGAACACGGCGUCUCGCAUGGAGAGUAACAGCUUACCCCUGAUGAUUCACAUAUCUCAGUGCACUGCUGACAUUCUGGUCCAGGCCGGAUCGUUUGAGCUGGAGGAAAGAGGGGAAGUCGAAAUCAAGGGAAAAGGGUCUCUGAAGACCUACUGGCUGCUGAGCAAACAGGGAUUUAAUCCUCCUGUUAUUGCUCACAGCUCUCCACCAGCCGACGGCCUCAAACUACAAACAGAGGUACGGUUAACGCACAUUGUAGUCCUUCUUCUUAACAAAGACAGCAAGCAGCAACAAGUCUAG